GUAGCACCGUGCGCGUUCACCUAUUUGCGUGUGUGUAAUCUUAUGCUUAGAGCAGCUUCGCGCUACUCGUCCGCUAUCUCACGCGCGCUUCCGUGUCUAAACAGGUUGUCAGGACUCGCGUUCACGCAUCAGUUCUGCGGUUCCAUACAAGGCACGACGCAGAAAACGUGAGAGGAUAGGCCUGAAAGGAAAUACAGCGGUGGUAAGAGAGACAGAUACACGAAGAGAGAGCGUGUUAAGUGUAUAAAAAGACCGGAGCGAUGAAGGUGCGUGCGGCGGCGGUGUUUUGCGGGGCUAUGGUGAUGCUGGCCCUGGGCUCGGGCGGGGAUGCUGCGGGGGACGGAGGCAUCUCGUUUGAGUACCACCGAUAUGAAGAGAUGCGGAAAGCGCUGGUGUCCGUGUGGCUGCAGUGCCCCUCCAUUACCCGCAUCUACACGAUUGGGGAGAGUUAUGAGGGCAAAGAGCUUCUGGUGCUGGAGAUGAGCGACAACCCCGGGGUCCAUGAGCCUGGUGAGCCGGAGUUUAAGUACAUUGGGAACAUGCAUGGUAAUGAGGCUGUAGGGAGAGAGCUGCUCAUAUAUCUGGCUCAGUAUCUCUGUAACGAGUAUCAGGAGGGCAACGACACCAUCAUUGACCUGAUCCACUCCACACGUAUUCACAUCAUGCCCUCUAUGAAUCCUGAUGGCUUCGAGAAAGCAGCUUCACAGCCUGGUGAGAUGAAGGACUGGUUUGUGGGCCGCAGUAAUGCUCAGGGUAUUGAUCUGAACCGGAACUUUCCAGACCUUGAUCGCUUCGUCUACAUGAACGAAAGGGAGGGAGGAGCCAACAACCACCUCCUGAAAAACAUGAAGAAAGCCGUAGAUGAAAAUACAAAGCUCGCACCAGAAACUAAGGCUGUCAUUCACUGGAUUAUGGACAUUCCGUUUGUCCUGUCAGCCAAUCUGCAUGGUGGAGAUGUGGUGGCCAACUACCCAUAUGAUGAGACACGCAGUGGCUCUACACAUGAGUACAGUGCUAGUCCAGAUGAUCUGGUGUUUAAGAGUCUGGCUAAGGCCUAUUCCAGCUAUAACCCAGUGAUGUCUGACCCAAACCGGCCACCAUGCCGCAAGAACGAUGACGACUCCAGCUUUAAAGAGGGCAUCACUAAUGGAGGAGCCUGGUACAGUGUACCUGGAGGUAUGCAGGAUUUUAACUAUUUGAGCAGCAAUUGUUUUGAGAUUACUCUGGAACUGAGCUGUGAUAAGUUUCCUCCCGAGGACACACUCAAGCAAUACUGGGACCAGAACCGCAAUUCACUUGUCAGCUACAUAGAGCAGGUUCACAGAGGAGUGGCAGGAUUUGUUCGUGAUCUUCAAGGCAACGGCAUCUCAAAUGCCUCUAUCUCUGUUGAAGGAAUUGACCAUGACAUCACAACAGCUAAAGAUGGUGAUUAUUGGCGCUUGUUGGCUCCUGGCAACUACAAAGUAUCAGCAUCUGCUACUGGAUACCUUACUGUGGUGAAGAAAGUGGCUGUUCCCCACAGCCCUUCUACACGGCUGGACUUUGAGCUGGAGUCACUGGAAGAAAGGAAGGAGGAAGAGAAAGAGGAGCUCAUGGACUGGUGGAAGAUGAUGUCAGAGACGCUCAACUUCUAGUUGAGGCAGAGGCUGUAACAAGCAUUCUGGGUGUAAAAUAUUUAUUGUUGUCAUGUGUGUGUACAUCAAAUUCAAAUUUAGUUUGUUUUGAUUGCUUUACAUGAGUGGCACUGCAUCUGGACUCUAUACCAUAUUUAUAGAACAGUCAUAAUGCAUAUUAAGCACUCAUACAUAUUGACAAACGCAACCAUUGGUAGAGCUGGGCUGUAUUGUUUUGCAAAGGAUAUUGUUUGUUAAAGUAUCACCAUACUGGACAAAGUUUGCCCUUUAGUGGAAUACAUCUAUAGUGGUAUCACCACUAAAUUAAAUGCUAUGUAGUCUAGGUGAAGUGCCCCUAUAGUAAAGAACAAUGCAGUUUAAUGUUGAUCCUACUUCAGUAUCAAUCAACCUGGUUAAUGUUAUUUUAAGGCAUUGUGGAUAAAUACGGUACAUUUACAUACAAAAGAAAAAGCAACCGUUGAUAUUGUGGAAGCCGUUUGGCUGAUCUAUCUCUCUUUUGUAACGUGUUUUACAUUGACAUUGUGAGAUUCUUUUGUAGCUACGGUCACCUGUCACAUCAACCAAUCAGAGAGCACUGUGUUGUGAUGAAUGUACAGUACGUGUCAGCAAUUAUUAUUACUAUUUAUUCUGUUUGUGACUGACUAUGACUGAAGCCAAUGUAGACAACACUCAUUUACGCAUGAUCACAAGUCUCUUUCUGUUCAAACACUGUCAUGUGGGUUUAAAUAAUGUUGUUUGAUGUUAUGAUUGCUUUUGAUAAAGCUGUUUCAUUUAUUAAUACUUUAAUAACUUUGAAUCUCAUAUCCAGAUAAUUGUUCAGAAAGAAAAUGCAAGAGGUGAACUCUUAUAUUAUGUUAUAAAAACUAUAUAGGAAAUUAAAUAGUUAUCAACAAGUAUAAUCUAUGUUUGUAAAGCAGAGAGUUACAUUUCAGACCAUGAAACAACUAAUUUGAAUGGCACAAAUAAACAAAUAUAUGUUUAUUUAUAUGUAGAGAGAAAUCUUAAGGUUUUUUAAUCUGUACCAAAACUGUACUAUCUAUAGUCUUUAUUUAACAUUCUGUAAUAUAUUGUCCUUUUUGUCUGUUUUUCUCUAAUAUGAAACAUGUUAAACACAAAUUCUAAAUCAUUCGGCAUUAUGAUCAAUUCUACAAUCCAGCAAUGUAUCAUUGGCAACCCCACCCAAGUGUCAACCUAAGACUUGUGGGAAAUUUCAUGCAAUUCAAAAUUAAACCCAAAGCUAAAUGCCAAAAAAAUGGCAUUUCAAGCCAGCUUAUAUAUUUCUCUUUUGAAACUUCAGUAGUAAGUCUUGUAUUAUGAAUGUAUUAAUGGUUUUAUUGAAUGAUGCAAUUCACAGUUAAUAAACUUCCCUUUCUGUUGUCAA